AUGAAUAGAGAUCCGCGCUUAUAUCCAAUUUCCUCGAAUUCACGCUCGAAGCUCAAUGCUUUUCGAUACACAGCCGGGGAUGAGAAUGGUUUUGUACAAUCGCCGUCGAAGACGUCAGUAGAAGCAGGACAUGCGGACAAAGAAAAUCAAACAUCAUGGUUGAAUGGUGUGGUAGAAUCAACACGUUCGGAGCCUGGUAAUGAGGCGACCUCCCUUGAUGCAGCAGAGCCAAAGCCAGCCAAAGAGUGUCCCCAGACCCCUGGAAACAGAAUUCCUCUGUCAGACCUCAUUAACAAUGCCGAAGAUGCUAUAACUCAAGCUCCAGGGCCAGUUUUUACACCCGAAGACUAUGUCACGUGGCAACAUGUCCCCCCGAGCUCUAAUGCGGACACGAUAUCGCAAACACCAGCAAUGAAAGGCAAGAAGCGCCGCCAUAGCUCGUCGCCAACCAGUUCACCUUUGGCCGGAAACUCCAAAAGCGCGCGAAGAGAGUCCUUCGAUUUGCAAUCUUUCCAAACACUGCUAAAAACCCCACAGAAUGACCUCGCGACUGAAUUGUGGAAUAACUACGUCGGCAAAAUGACAGCCAAUGGCACUAAAGAGCUUCCUCAACCUCGCUUUCCGAAUCUUCUAUCAUCUUCACCACACACACCCGGAUCGGCCAGGGCAGGGCGAGAUUCUUCUGGAUUGAGGCGGUCUAAUAGCUGCACUGUCGAAUGGCCUAGUUCAAAAGCGAAACGGAGGAAAGUAGAGGGAGAGAAAUUGGGGUCUGGCCGUGGCAUCUUUUCCCGAACGAGGAGCAAUGUGGUGGAUUCAGGUAGCUUCAAUCCCUCAAAAAUCAACUUCCUCGUCGAAAAGAUAGAGAGAAGCCUCCGGCAACGCCAAGCUGGGCAGCCUGAUGCCGCAGAUUUAUCGCCUGUACCAGCUGCCAAAGGUGGGCAAAGAGGCCAGCCAGCAUCUCCGGUAGAGAAUAGAAGCCCUCUUCGCCAUCCGAUACAAGAGAGCCGAAAAAAAAGGAACUGUGCAAGUUCUGAGCCUCAGGGGAAAGAAACGGUAGAAAGAUCGUCUUCCGAUUUUGGGAGUGAUGAUCUGGAUCAGGAUUUUCUGGACCUUGCGGAAGCUUCUAUGGACCCAUUUGUGGACCCUAAUCAACAAAGCAAUCAGCUAGGAGCUGUUCAAACAGGCUGCGUUACCAACCAGCUUCCAGGAAGUGGGCAUUGUUUUCCCGAUAUGAGGAACAACUCGGCCUCUAGUACAGUGGCAUUAGAAGCAGUCACUAACAAAAGCAAUGAAGCUGAAUAUACCCUUGAUGCUGAUGAGUUUGAUGAUGAUUUUGAUGAGUUUUCCGAUAACAUUGAAGACAUUCUGGCCGAAUGUGGCGCAACCCCGAGUAUCAAGCUAGCAAGACCUGCAGCAAAAAAUUACGUGGCUUCAAAACCUUCUCAUUCAGGGACUGAUAUUGCAAAUUCUGCAUCAAUAGCCCAACUACCCGCUGGGGAUACGAACAUAUCAACUGAGACGUUUUCUGGUGACGAGUUUGAUGAUGGGGACUUUGAUAUGGAGGCUAUUGAACAGUCUAUGAUACAAUCAGGUGCAAAGGAACUGAAUCAUAACUUAAACAGUCGACAAGCCAUCAAACGGUAUUUGAUCAUUGAUGUUGCUGGGUCCACAUAUGAAACCCAAAGAGGACGCAUCCAGCCAGAGCAGGUGCUGUUAGUGCAAGAUGAGAGAGCAAAGCAGAAGAAGGUUGUUAUCCUGCGAGAAUCGUGGUUUGAUAGCCCAUGCAGUAAGGAUUCGUAUAUUCACCUAAUCGGCGACUUUGAUGCCAACGGCCAUUGCGUUGUCGACGACUCCAACAACAUGAUAAUCUUGCAUCCAGACCAUCUAGUUUCGGCGACGGUUGUGGCAGAUUCCGUCAGUUGCCAGCGAAGAGCCGUCCUUCAGGAUCGGUUGAAAAAUACCGGUGACGCCAGCAAAGCCCAGGUUUUCGGAAAUAUAUCCCAUGAGGUUUUCCAAGAAGCUAUAAAGAAUAACCGGUGGGAUACUGUUUUUCUGCGGUCUCUAGUCGAAACCACCUCCAUCAAACACAUCGAAGAAUUAUAUUUGAUCCACAUGAGCGUUGCAGAGGCCGUUGAGUACAUGAUGGGCAAGAUUCCGGCCAUGACGUCUUGGGCAGAGCUAUUUCUUAUGUCACAGCCAAGUCCUAAAUCUCUUGUUGAGGAUCGGAAUAGUUCCAAGCUGCGUCUGAGUAUCAACAAAUUGCUGGAGGUAGAGGAGCAUAUUUGGUCUCCCAUGUACGGACUUAAGGGCAAUAUUGAUGCUACUGUGCAGGUGGCCUGUCAUGAAGGAGGAAUCGUUAAGAAUCUCGUUGUUCCGCUUGAACUCAAAACGGGCAACAGAGACACAAACCAAGCUCAUAGAGCCCAAACGGCUCUCUACACCCUAUUGCUUUCUGAUCGCUAUGACGUGGAGGUUACAUUUGGGCUACUGUACUAUCUUGAAACUUCAAAAAUCUUGCGCAUUCGUGGGAUUCGACACGAACUGCUUCAGAUGAUUCAGGCACGUAAUCGCCUGGCUGGAUAUAUGCGCCAGCGAACGCAACUGCCGCCAAUGGUCAAAAGAGCCGGCCUAUGCAACAAAUGCUUUUCGAAAGCACCCUGUUUCAUCUACCACAAACUUGCAGAUGAUGGAGACGGAGAAUCGAGUGGCUUGGGUGAUGAGUUUGUUAAAGCCAUGGACCAUUUGAACCCCCAACAUCGGGAUUUUUUUCAGAAAUGGGACGAUCUGCUGACUAAGGAGGAGAAGAACAUGAUGCGAUUCAAACGAGAACUCUGGACUCUCCUUAGCAGCGAACGAGAGGCUCUUGGCCGAUGCUUUGGCAAUGUUGUGAUUGAGCCUGGGUCAGCCCAUGAGGACAAAACUGGUGUGAAGAUCAAUCGAUAUCGUUACACAUUCAUCAAGAAACAAACCUCGCCAGGGUUCUCUUUCACUGAGUCUCAGCUCACGAUUGGAGAGCCGGUCGUCGUUUCGGAUGAGAAGGGCCACUUUGCUCUUGCCAAUGGAUAUGUGGUGCACGUCAGCACUAAUCGCAUUACUGUUGCCGUCGAUAGACGACUACAAAAUGCCAGAUCCAAGACAAAGGGCUUCGAUGCUAUCAACAAUCAAUCGUUCACAGGCAUAAUAGAAAUCCUCAAGAGCGGCGCCUCUCAGUCAGACGCAUCCUUUGAGCCUGAGGAAGAAGUCGUCUAUCGACUUGACAAGGAUGAAUUCAGCAACGGCAUGGCAAUUGUUCGAGCCAAUCUUGUUGCUAUGAUGGAGCGAGAUUUGUUUCAAGCCAGGCAACUGAGGAGACUAAUUAUCGAAGGGCAGCCGCCGAUGUUCAAACCCACCCUAUCCUCCUAUAGGAUACGAGAAUCUGAUGUAGCAAGCCUAAAUGUCGAUCAGAAAAAGGCCAUCGAUAAAGUCAUGAGUGCCAAGGACUAUGCAUUGGUGCUUGGGAUGCCGGGAACUGGAAAGACAACCACUAUUGCUCACAUACUCCGCGCUUUGGUGGCGCAAGGGAAGAGUGUGCUUCUAACCUCAUACACUCACACGGCAGUCGACAACAUUCUGCUGAAAAUCCGAGAUGACAACAUGCGCAUUCUGCGAAUCGGAGCGGCUGCUAAGGUGCAUCCUGAUGUUCAGCAAUUCGCCGACCUUGCGGCCAUUCCUAAGGACACAAUGGAGGGGCUGAAAGCAGCGUACGAGGGGUCACAAGUGGUUGCCACAACCUGUCUUGGAGUCAGCCAUAACAUAUUCAGCCAACGUACAUUUGACUACUGCAUUGUUGACGAAGCAUCUCAGAUUACACUCCCGGUGUGUCUGGGCCCCAUUCGAAUGGCGAACAUCUUCAUCCUUGUCGGCGAUCAUUAUCAACUGCCACCACUGGUACAAAACAAGGAGGCUCAAGAGGGUGGCCUUGAUGUUAGUCUCUUUAAACUACUGUCCGAUUCCCACCCGCAAUCGGUCGUGAAUCUAGAACAUCAGUACCGAAUGUGCGAGGAAAUUAUGCUUCUCUCCAACACCCUUAUUUACUCAGGCCACCUGAAAUGUGGCACUCCAGAAGUCGCAGCACGCUCUUUGACCAUACCCAAUACCGGCGGCCUGAAGCGACACCACAUCGAACGACUUUCCCAGUCAUCAAGCGAACGACAGAUGUGCCUCGGCGCAAGUCAUAGCCGAUGCUGGUUACGAGACCUGGUUGAUCCCAGCGCCAAAACCCGCCUGGUCAACACAGACAAAUUAGCCACACCUGCCCGGGAUAUAACAAAUGGAUCCCGGAUUGUGAACCCCACCGAGGCGACUCUUUGCGCUCAACUUGUUGAAGCAUUCGUUUCAUGUGGCAUACCAGCCCGCAAUAUUGGAGUCAUCACGUUUUAUCGCAGCCAACUGUCGCUUCUGAAGCAAAACCUUCGCCACCUCGUGCCGGAGCUGGAAAUGCACACCGCCGAUAAAUUCCAGGGGCGAGACAAGGAGGUCAUUAUACUAAGUUGCGUACGAAGCAAUGCGGACAAACACGUAGGCGACUUGCUCCGUGACUGGAGACGAGUGAACGUCGCCUUCACCCGCGCACGAACUAAGCUCCUAGUUCUCGGAAGCAAGAGCACCCUCCGGGAUGGCAACGAGCUGCUAGGGAAAUACGUGAAGCUAGUUGAAGGACGAGGAUGGGUAUACGACUUACCGAAAGACGCUAUGGACAACCACCGCUUUGGAUUUGAUGGCAUCUUCCAGACGCAGCCGCAUGCCCAGGACCAUAGAUCCACCCCUAGUCAAAAAAUGAGCCCUUCUUCCCACGAAAAGCGCCCGAGUCGCAACCCCUUGAGUCCACUGCAAGGUCGGCAAGCUCUGCAGGGUCUUAAAAGGCCCGUGAAGAAGGGCGUCAAAUUGUUGAGCGGGAAUAAAGUCGUUGGGAAUCGCCCCAUACUCCAAGAUGUCGUGAACGACCUUGUAGGAUGA